CACAUAAUGAAAUAUGACCCCCGGUCUGAUGACUGACAGGUCACAGAACAAUGGGAGCUAUCUACCCUUACCCACAAUUUAAAGGGCGAUACUUCUCAGUUUGAGGAUAACUCAUCAGGCAACUAACUUGGCUCUGGGAGGAGCGGCUGUAUCGUCAACAAUGUGGGACUACGCCCAUCGACCAAGCAAUGCAAUUGAUGGCAGAGAUGAAACAAACCAAUUUAUCCACAGGAGCUGUUUUGCCUCUCUGGUGGAGAAGGACCCCUGAUGGAGGGUUGAUUUGGGGGGUCUGUUUGACAUCUCAACCAUUGAAAUCCUCCGAAGAACAGAUUGCUGCGGCUAUGAACUUGACUCGGCAGGAAUCCUCAUUAGUAGCCCACUGGAGAACACUACCAGAUGUGCAGUCAUUCCUGUGAGCAGUUCAGUUAAAAUGACCUUCCAUUGCAACCAGAAGCAAGUACGCUACGUCCACAUUAUCCGUCCAGGAAAUGAUACUACACUUCAAGUUUGUGAGGUCAAAGUGUUCGCUGCAACCCCCAUCACAGGAGAUGUGCAGUCAUCACCGUGACCAGUAAUGCUACCAUGACCUUCAACUGUAACCACAUGCAAGGACGCUACGUCAACAUAAUCAACCCUGGAGUAGGAAAAGAUCUUCAUCUGUGUGAGGUCAAAGUGUACACCACUACCCAACUUACAGGAGCUAAUGUUGCACCAAGAGGAAUAGCUACGCUGUCUUCAGCACCUGCUUCUACACAAACUUCUCAACAUAUGGCUAUUGAUGAACACCCUGGGCCGACGGAUGCUCUGGAAACCUGUGCCUCCGUCGCACUGCAAGACAACCCGUGGUGGCAACUUGACCUGAGGAAUAUCUACCGCAUAACUGCUGUGUCUAUCCUCAGCUCAGGAGACUGCUGCUCGGAGCAGCUGAACGGGGCGGAGGUCCGCAUCGGCCUCAGCAAGGACGUUACCAACCAGAGGUGUGCCAUCAUCUUCGUUUCAGAGGGAGAGCAGAAAUACAACUACCAAUGUGGAAUAAUGGAAGGACGCUUCGUACAUGUUUACCUUCCUGGUCUACAGAAGACUUUGACUCUUUGUGAAGUAGAGGUGUAUGGUACUCUGCUUGAAAACGUUGCUUUGAGAGGACUGGCUUUUCAUUCUUCCUCAAGUCUGGAAAACAGUGUAGCCAGCAAAGUCAUUGAUGGCAAUCAGUCUUCCACCUGCAGCGUAGCCAUUGAGCAGCCAGGUCCGUGGGUAACAGUGGAUCUACUGCUUCCUUACAGUGUGACUGCAGUCCAACUCGCCUACAGCUCCGACUGCUGCUUCAGGUACGAUGUCCGUGUAGACGACACAAGCUGUAAGGUCAUCUCCAGUAAUUCAUAUUCUUUGAUGACCCUGGAUUGCGGUGGGAUUGUGGGUCGCUAUGUGACUGUGAUCCAUCAUGGCGUAGCACCGCCUCUGUGCGAGGUGGAGGUCUAUAGCACUUUGGAAAAUCUUCAAAACAGAUUCCCUCAGCUGCCCCCGCCCCAUGAUCAAAUCAUCUACUGA